UUUAAAAAAAUCCUCUCGACCCAAUAACGAAUCUUUUGCUAUAGAGUUAGCUUCGUCAGCUCCAUGUCCAAGGAUCACCAUGAAAAUAUUCUUCAAGAAGCUCUGCAAAAACUUGAAGAACACCAACAAGAAGGAAAAGGAGGAGGUUUGGGAGCGAGGGAAGCUGAUGAAGAAGAAGCAAAGGAAAAAGAAGAGUGCAAAACGCCGACGUCGAGUGAUCACAAAAUACCCAGCAUUCAAAGCUGCCCGCCGACACCGAAGAAGAAAGUGAGAGCAGAUUCUGUCCUCAAGAGGAAGUUAUCGGAGCUACAGUUCUUCGAGACCACGAGAAGGGACGAGGUAGAGUCGUUUUUCCGAUCCAACACUGAGCCAUUUAGUUUCAAGAGGAGAUGUAGAAUUUCUCAUCGUAAUGGAUUAUUAGAUUUUGAGUUGGAUUUUCAAUUCCCGAGGAACAAUCCUGUAAGAAAACUGGCUGGAGAUUCUUUUCCAAGACAUUGCACUGUUGCAGUUGCAAAGGAAGAAGAAGAUAACUGGUGUUUGUGUGGAAAAGUUAAGCCAGAGAAUCAAGCAAUAAGGAUUGUUGUAUUACCUAAAUUGGACUAA